AUGGACGCUCACACUCUCAACGCCUGGACCCGGUUCGCCCUGCAAAAGGGCGGCAUCGGGUCCUGCACGGCCCUCAUCGACAACCCAGCCACGGAGCCCGAGGAUCUAAUGUUCAUGACUGGCGAAAAGAUCAUCGUCCUCCGCAGGCUCGACGAGGACGGCGCCGACACAAACGACCGUCCCACCAGCCUGGGUGCCCGGAGGAAGAGCAGCGCCUCGAGCAGCGCCCACGACUCGGCAUCGUGGUUCCUCGGCUAUUGCGAAGGUGUCGUUGGCCGCUUCAAGGGCGCACACGUCCAGUUCCACGGGCGGCUCAAGAAGCCCGUCCUGAUGAGGAGGAGCGGCGUCGGCAGCGUCCCCGACACGUCCUCGCCGGUCCAUUCAAAGGACGAAGAGCUCGCACUGCCGACGGCGAGCCAGACCUACGGCUCCGACGCGGCUGCGGCGACGAGCUACGAUGGCCACGUCGACUCGUCCGACAGGCUGGCGUCGGCCUCGUCGUCGUCGUCCAAGUACGCCAGAGCCGGAGGAUCAUCUCCGAUGCGGGGCGGUGGAGAUCGUGACGGGCCGUCUCCGAGCUCCCGCGUCCGCUCCCCCGACGGUCUGCACGUUGCGACGAAAGCCGGUGGAGGAGGCUACGCUGGAGUCACGACGCCGCCGAUCUCGGACGAGGGCCACCAGCUCAAGAUGAAGUCGCUCCAGGCCGCUCUUGUCGAGGACGACGACCACGACGAUGCCGCUUCCGACGAUUCGGACGACUCUGUAUCGUUGCUGCCGUGGGCGAGACAGAGCCAAGAGGUAGGCUCAUCAUCCAGGCCGAGAGCCGGCUCGAGCCGGCAGCAGCAGCCCGGCAAGGCCCACGGUUACGGCGAUGGCGGCCUGUCUGGCGGCGGUGGCGCUUCGCAUCUGCCGCCGUCGCCGAUCUCGUCGAGCGAAUCGCCCAUCACCCGUACGUCGCACGAGGGCGCCGCGGCCGUCUCGACAACAGCCUCCGCCAAGGCGUCUAGGCGUAGCUCUCAGGAAGACACCUCGCGAGCCUCUUCUACCUACACCACCUCGGCCACCGAUGACUCCGACGAUGAGGGACCCAACCGCCGCCGCGACUACACCUUCUCGAUCUACGACGUCUACGGCAGAGAUUCCGUCGCCUUUCCGAACUUUGACUUCCGCGAGGCCUACGCCAACGGCGGUGGCGGAGGUGGAGCCGGCGCCGCCAACCGGAAGCGCAUGUCGAGGCUGGCCGCGUCCAAGUCGUCGGAGUCGCUCGCCGCCCAAGCGAGUACGGAGCCGCUGCCGCCCUCGCCUCACCUCGCGGGCCACAAGGUGCCCGGCCGGCAUGACGGCGGACCACUGCCGGGAUCUCCCAGCCUCGCUCCCCUCACGGCGCGACCGGGCCAGGGCGAUAUCCCCGCAGCGCUGCGCUCGCCCUCGGGGCGCAGACCCAACGCAGCCCCGGAUCCACGCCUGCCACCUCUGCCGAGCCCGGGCAUGGGCCCGCCGAACCUUGCGUCGAGCCUGCGCCGCCAGGUCGAGGCCUCGAGCUCCCCCACCUCUCCGCCCACCUCGUACAUCGAGCCGGGGCGCGGGCCCUCGCCCCGGUCACCGCCCCUGGGUCAGCACAAUGGCGUCGCCGCCGCCCCUAGUGGCGCAGCGGCGGCCCGGCUCGGCCCCGUCUCAUUCGACCCGCGCAGGAGGCCCUCCGCUGGCAACAUUUCGGCGCCCAGCAUGGUCAGCACCUCGCCCGUCACCCCAGUCGAUCCGUCCCAGCCGGCGUUCUUCCCUCCUUCCCACCAGACGGCCUCUCCCACCUCGCCAGCAUCCGAACUCUCCUCGGCCUCGCUACGACGUCCCGGCUUCGCAGAGUCGCUCGGCAGGCGGAGAUCGCAAUCGAUGUCCAAGAUGCAAAUCAGCCUCACCGACGUCGGGCCCGCAAUGCGGUCCAACGAGGCGGCAGGCUUCGCUGCCUACGGGGAGCGGGACCUGGGGUCGCCAGGCGCCGGGCGGCUGCGGCACGGUGCGGCCGGUUCUCCCGGCCUCGGCCCUAUGCGGGCGUCUUCCGAUCGCUUGUCGGAGCGCGAGCGGAUCCAUUCGGGCAGCGGCAGCGGCAUGCUGCGCAAGAACCCUUCCAACCCCACGCCCGGCCUGCACGGUGGCAGCGGCCUCCACGGCCUCUCUCCGAUGGCGCGUAGCGGCAGUCCGAUGAGCAGCCGCAGCGGGCCCAGCCCGGUCAACAGCAUCGACAUGGCCAGGCGAGGCAGCGAUGCGAGGAGCGUGGCCACCGCGUCCCGGAGCCCCGCGCGCAGCCCGCUCAGCGAGGAUCUGCGGACGCCCACCCACGCCACGCACGGCUCGGGGCCGAUCUCAUUUGACCCGAUGGGCUUUGUCUUCCAGGGAGGACCCCCUGCCCCUCCGCAGGUCGACGACCCAGAGACGCGCGACCGCUGGUUGGCGCUGUUCAAAGAGGACGACGUUGCCGCGGCCAAGAAGAGCCGCAAGGUCAAGAAGCUGGUGCGGCAGGGCAUCCCGCCGUCGAUCCGCGGGCAGGCGUGGCUGUUUCUCGCCAACGCCUCGGUGCGACGGCGCGCCGGGCUGUUUGAGCAGCUGUGCAAGACGUCGCUGGCGCCCAAGGGCAAAAAGGGCAAGGAGGCGCUGUACGACGCCAUCGACAAGGACCUCGACCGCAGCUUCCCGGACCACCGGCUGUUUAUGGGAGAGUCAGCGACGGGCAAGGCGGACCUCGAGGCGAUCCUCAAGUCGUACGUCCACUUCAACCCGGUCAUUGGCUACACGCAAGGCAUGGGCCUGCUGGCGGGGCUGGCCAUGAUCCACAUGGCGCCCGAAGACGCCUUCUGGCUGGUGUGCGCCGCGCUGCGCGACCCGCACAUGGAGGGCUACUAUACGCCGGCCAUGAAGCAGCUGCACGUCGACAGCGUGGUGCUGAGCAACCUGCUCUCGACCAUGGACCCGGAGCUGUCGCAGCGCUUCGCCGCGCACGGCAUCGAGCCCAUCAUGUUUACGCCCUCGUGGUUCCUGCCCCUCUUUACGCGCAUCGUGCCCUGGCCGACGCUGAUCCGGAUCUGGGACAUCUUCUUCUUCGAGGGCCCGACGUGGCUGCUGAGGGUGGCGCUGGCCGUGAUCCGCAUCAUCCGCGAGCCGCUGAUGCGGACGCCGGGCCACGGAGAGAUGCUGCAGAUGCUGCUCCACCCGCCCCACGCGCACCUGACGCCCGAAAACAUCCUCAACUGCGCCUUUAGCGUCAAGCUCAAGGACGGCGAGAUGCGCAAGCUCAGCAGGCAGGCCUCGAAGCUCGUCCGCGAAAGCAACGGCGCCCGAGGCCGCGCACCCACCCGCCAGGACACGGCCGGAUCCAGGAGCACCAGCGCACCAGCACGGCGGUGA